CGCACUUAUCAUUUCCUGUGUGAUUUAUUUGGAGACAGUUUUUGUAUGUUUCAUUUUUUUUGUGUGUGUGUGUUCACAGCUGCUUAAAGCUCGUCACCAUUUCGAUACUUUGGAUAUUUAACGGAGUAUAUCUUUUAUGGUUUUCCUGGCAAACGUUUUUACUAAUAAACAGUACUAUUUGUAUACUAUUACAGUUUAUGUCAUCCACUUGCAUACACCUAUUCACGGCAGUCGUUUUACAGCAGGAGUGUUCCUUUCUUGUAACUAAAUUUAACAAAAAUUAGCGCUAUUGAUUAAGAAAUUAGACCUACAAACGGCACGAUAAAAGAAGUAAAACCAUGCUUCAGAUGUAGAACGCUAUAUAAUUACACAGUUGUGGUUCGAUCUCCAACCAAAUGGUGGCAGUAACGUGUUCCGUUUAAAGUAUUCGCUUGUUUAGCUACUUUAGUAAUCGGUGGUUCGGGAAUACUUCAACCAUUAUUAUGGGAAUCCAUGGUUUAAUGAGCUAUGUUGGGGAAAAUAAACAUUUUUUUUGUGAACUCAGAUUGAAGAACACAAAACUAAUAAUUGAUGGUAGUAACCUUUAUCACCACCUUUACUUUGAUUCUGGGCUUGACAUCCAGCAUGGAGGAGACUAUGAUUCUUUUACUGACCGCGUGCAUAAGUUUUUUGAGACAUUGACUGUCUGUAACAUAAAACCAUAUGUCUUGUUGGAUGGAGGAUGUGAUGUCACUGACAAGAAGUUUGAAACCCUUAAGCAGCGUGCCAAGGAUAAAAUUAAUAUGGUCUGCACAAUUACUCAUAGGGGUAAUGGAAAAAUAUUGCCAUUGCUCACAAGAGAAGUCUUUAAGCAAACUUUGACAAAGUUACAUGUGCCUUUCGUUCAGUGCUUUUCUGAAGCCGACAGAGAACUAGUCUCUCUAGCAAAUUAUUGGUGCUGCCCUGUACUGACUCUUGACAGUGACUUCUGUAUUUUUGACCUGAAAGCCGGAUACUGUCCUUUCACUUACUUUCAGUGGAAGAAUAUCUGCACCUGUAAAGAGACUUCAGAAUGCUAUGUGUCAGCUCAGUGCUUUUUUAAUGAUAAAUUUUGCAGUUACUUCAGUAAUAUGAGCAAAGCCUUGCUACCACUGUUUGCAGUUCUGAAUGGAAAUGACUACAUCAAUCUACCAUCCUUGGAGACUUUCUUCAGCAAGGUACGUUUUCCCGUUGGACCUUGUAGUAGGAGCAACAGAAGACACAUGAGAAUUCAAGGUCUUCUGAAUUGGUUAUCUUGCUUUGCUGAUCCAGAAGAAGCUAUAGAAAAUGUGCUGAAGUACUUAAAGAAACAAGAUCAGACAGAAGUAAGAGAACUUCUUUGCUCAUCAAUGGAGGAAUAUAAACAAUCUGACGUUAAUCUGAAAGACUUUUUUCUUGGUGAUACACACAGGCCUGAUAUUCCAAAAUACUUGUUUGGUAUCUUACCUGAAUGGAUGUUGUGCAGCUUAGCUAAAGGUCAGUUACCAGCUUUCUUCAUUGAUGCUCUGGUGCUGAGAAGAACUUUCCUUUUGGUUCAGGUAGAGAACCCACAGCUGCCUUCUUGCCAUGUAGUUUCACUGCCUGUUCGUAAAGUCAUUUAUCAGCUGUUAAUUUGUUCCAGUCAGAACUUCCCAAGUGCCUGUUGUGCUGAAGAAGCUAGCCAGUACUGUUAUGUAACUGAAUUUGAUAGGCUUAAUAAAUCUCUUAAGAAGUCAAAAGUUGAAUUCACUGGGCAGUCAUUCAUAUCUGCUGAAGGAAACUUUUCCUUGGAGACCAUGCCAGAGGUACCCUUUUAUAUCUGUUCCAUUAAAUUGUGGAACAAUGAAGAACAUGGACUUUUUAAUGGACGUUUUAAAACUCAAAAUGAGGAUCAUUCCUGCUUGCUGCUGAAACCAGAACCUGCUGCCGAUGCUGAUGUCAUGAAGCUGUAUAAUGAACUUGUCAACAUUAAGAACAAGAAGCAGCAGAACAAACAGCUGGAUUUAGGCUUGGCCCACAUUUUCUGCCAGUGGCAAUGCUGCCUUCAGAUGGGUUUCUAUCUUAAUCAGCUGCUCUGGACUCCACUGCCAGAACCAGAUCUGACACGAAUUUACUCUGGACCUCUAAUCCACAAUGUGUACCAGAAGUUGAAGUCUUCUUCCUUCUUACAAGAUUUGCUGAGUACUACUCCAAAAGUGGAAAUGCUUUUUCAGAACAUGCGGACAGCAGUGAUAUCUGCCCUACCAGCAGACUUUUUCAGCAAACACAAGACUAGAUCUCGCAAACACAAGCGUGAGCAGCACAAACCCACUGUGACUGGUGCCACAAGUAAGCUAGAAACUUAUUUAGACUGCGAUGUAAGCAACAGGUUUACUGGCUUGCAGGUCGAUGACCAAACAUGAGCUUUGAGCUCAGGGCAUGUAAUCCUACAAAGAUGUGUGUCAGACUGCUGCAAAGGUCAUGGGAAAUCAGCAAAAUUAUUUAGCAUUGUCAUCUUGCUCUUUGAGGUACUUGGAAACUCAUUUAUAAUCUUUAUACGUGGAUCAAGGGUCCACACUUUUCAGUAAAUUGCAUCAGUGCAGUUGUACUGUAUCAUGUGAAAUAUCAAGUGAUUAUACUGUAAAUGUUUACUAAAGAUAUGCUUAAUAUUACUCUUUAUGGUGCUUACUUUAACAUUUUAAGAUAAUCUUUUUGUAUGAGCAGUGUGUGAGAAAGAAAGUCUUCAGAAUUUGUAUUUCAGUAUUUUUUCCUUCAAGACUUGUAUGCUUUUACCAGAGGAGUAAAAUAAUUGAAUAUAUGUCAAUAGUUUUAUUUUUAUAAAUAUAAGGCAGGCAUCAUUUUUAGACUUUGCUAAAUCUGCUUUUAUAAGAAGAACUGUGCUACUAAAGUAAUUUUUUUUAUGUAUUACAUAUUUUAAGUUAGUAAAGCAAAUACCAGUUUUUGAGACUGUACAUGGCAUACUUAGCUGUGUGGCUUCCCAGUAUAAGUCUUAAUUUUUUUUUGCUCAAUAAUCGGGGAUAAUUUUUAAAUGUUAUUCUAAUUCACUCAGAAAAUUAACAGAAAAUAAACAUUACAUCAACAUGCAUUUUCUGAAAAUAAGAAAUUAAAUGCUAAUGUCUGUCAAUAUUGA